AUGGCCAACGAAGCUUUCUCGACUGUCUAUGAUACCAUCCCGAGUGGAAAACAACUCAGAUCUCUGACACGGGACGAAGUAGCGAAACAUAACACGCCGGACGACCUUUGGUGCAUCAUCGACACCGCCGUCUACGAUCUCUCCAAGUUCGUUGACUUGCAUCCCGGCGGAGCUUUCGUCCUUCUCGAUAAGAACAUCGCCGGGAAAGAUGCCACCAAGGCUUUCUUCGGCUUGCAUCGCUCCGAAGUCUUGAAAAAAUACGGCCGAUAUAUGAUAGGACGAAUCAAGGACGAAAAGACGCAAGUGAUGCUCCCGAAGGACGGAGAGCUAUCGCUCGUGCCGCAUGCCGAACCAGCCUGGCUCUCGAAGGGAUAUUCGUCUCCAUACUACAACGAGGGUCAUCGGGCGUUCCAGAAAGCGAUGCGAUUGAUCGUCGAGACCCAUGUCACUCCUGAAGCUAGGGAACACGAACUGAGCGGCAAAAAACCCUCGCAAGGGUUGGUCGAGUUCUUGGCUAAGCAACACGUCAAUGCUAUGCGACUCGGGCCCGGGAAACAUCUCCAUGGUCUCACUCUACCUGCCGGCAUUAAGGGUGAACAUUUCGAUUACUUUCACGAGCUGAUUAUCAUCCAAGAACUAUCUCGGAUGGGGGCGCCCGGAUACCUAGAUGGAUUGCUAGCGGGGAUGGUGAUUGGCCUACCGCCGGUCCUAAACUUCGGCUCGAUGGAGCUCAAGAACAAAGUGAUCCCGGAGGUGUUAUCGGGGAAGAAGUAUAUAGCGUUGGCGAUCAGCGAAGCCUUUGCGGGUUCCGAUGUGGCCGGCAUACGGUGCACGGCGACGAAGACGGCGGACGGCCAGCAUUUCAUCGUCAACGGGACCAAGAAGUGGAUCACUAAUGGCGCCUUCGCCGACUACUUCUCCACCGGCGUCCGCACCGAUAAGGGGCUCAGCGUCCUGCUCAUCGAGAGGGGCGAGGGCGUCGAGACUAAGCCAAUCAAGACUAGCUACUCCGCCGCUGCUGGCACGGCGUUCAUCACCUUCGAUAACGUCAAGGUGCCCGUCACUAAUCUGUUGGGUAAGGAGAACAACGGCCUUCCCGUCAUUCUCUCCAACUUUAACCACGAACGCUGGAUGAUGUGCUGCGUCAUCAUCCGCUCCAUCCGAUUCAUCACCGAAGAGUGUUUCAAAUGGACCUAUCAACGCUCCGUUUUUGGGAAACCUUUGAUCUCUCAGCCGGUCAUCAGACAAAAGCUUGCACAGAUGUUUGCGAAGUGCGAGGCGACUCAAUCAUGGCUCGAGAGUGUGACCUUCCAAAUGAACCAAAUGACUUAUGCACAACAAGCUGAUUUAUUAGCUGGUCCAAUCGGCCUUCUGAAAGCUUACUCGACUCGGGUGUCUCACGAGGUAGCCGACGAAGCAGUCCAAAUCUUUGGUGGACGUGGGAUCACUGCUACCGGAAUGGGUAGGUUUGUAGAAGCCUUCCAACGGACGUAUAAAUUUGGCUCCGUUCUUGGUGGAUCAGAAGAGAUUAUGUUUGAUCUUGGGGUUCGUCAAGCUAUGCGCAAGAUGCCAGCAGCUGUGCUGUAG